UAGAUUAGAUCUGAAACUGUUGCCACCUAACAAAAAAAAAUCGGCGGGAAACGGAAACCGUCUUUUUGCGUCUCCCUCCAUAGGAUUUGUGCCCCUUUUUAAUGUUUCUCCGAUCUCUGCUUUCUAAACCCUAAUUUCCAAAACCCAGAAAACCCCUAGCGGUUUGCUUUUGAGAGAGAGAGAGAGAGAGAGAGCAAUUCAUCUCCAUGGCUUGCGUUGCGGAUGAAUCCCAGAUCGAAAUCGACAUCCACGGCCGCCACGUCGAAGCUCCGUCUCGCUACGUUUACUCCGUCGCCUCGUCGUCGUCGUCGUGCAAUGUCGCCGUCGGUUCCCACAGUCUGAUGUCCAAGAAGGUGAAGGCCCGUAAGCUUCCGAUGGUUGAGCGAUUCGAUGUCGAAAGUAGCGGCGGCGUGAGCGAUAACGGCGAUUGUUGUCACCGCGAUGAUUACAAGCUGCUGCGUCCUGAGAUUGUUCGCGUCUACUGUCGCCGCCGUAAGAGGUCGCCGCGGGAGUCUGGGGACGCUGAAAGUUUGAAGCUUGAUGAGAGAAAUCAGAAGAGAAGGAGAAUUGGUGAGGAUUCGAGUGGGCUAAGGAGUGGCUUGAGGGGUUGCAGUGGAGAUAAGCAGAACGGGGCAUCUAGAAGGAAGGGGAGCUCUGUUAAGAAUCAGGACAAGGUGUCUAUUGCUUCUGGUUCAACUAGGAGAUGGCUCAGGUUGAGUUAUGAUGGUGUGGAUCAUAAAAGUUUCGUAGGGUUACAAUGCAAGGUUUUUUGGCCGCUGGAUGCUUCUUGGUAUACAGGUUCUAUCGUUGAAUACAGUGUAGAGAGAAAGCGUCACAUUGUUAAAUACGAGGAUGGAUCUAGUGAGGAUCUACUUCUUGAUCGUGAAAUGAUCAAAUUUUUCGUUUCUCGUGAAGAGAUGGAGCUGUCACAUCUGAAGAUUUGUACGAAUGAUGUGACUGUUGGUGUCCGCGAUUACGAUGAGAUGGUUGUAUUGGCAGCUAAUUUGGAGGAUUCUCAAGAUUUUGCGCCUGGAGACAUUAUAUGGGCCAAACUUUCUGGUCAUGCUAUGUGGCCAGCAGUUAUUGUGGACGAAUCUGUUAUUGGAGAGCGGAAAGGUCUAACCAACAAGGUAUCUGGAGGAAGAUCGAUCUUGGUACAAUUUUUUGGCACCCAUGAUUUUGCCAGAAUAAAGGUAAAACAAGCAACCUCGUUUCUCAAUGGGCUUCUCGCGCCAUCUCAUUUGAAGUGCAAACAACCUCGGUUUGAAGAGGGCAUGCACGAAGCAAAAAUAUAUCUGAAGGAACAUAGGCUUCCAGAAAGGAUGACUCAACUUCAAAAAGGAACUGAUUCUGAGUAUUCCGCAAAGACCAAUAGUACAGAAGAGGGCAGCUCAAACUCGGCUGGUGAUCACAUGAAUGAUGGAGAAGUGUGGUUGAGACCAACAGAAACUGUAGAUUUCCGGUAUACAAUAGGGGAUCUGCUAAUAAUAAAUCUUGGGAAAAUUGUGACAGAUUCUCAGUUUUUCAAGGAUGAGAAUCAUAUUUGGCCUGAAGGUUAUACGGCUAUGAGAAAGUACACAUCCCUAAAAGAUCAUAGCGCAUAUGCCUUGUACAAGAUGGAAGUGCUCAGAGAUGCCGAGUCGAAGACUCGCCCUCUGUUUAGAGUGACUGCAGAUAGUGGAGAGCAAUUCAAAGGGCUUACUCCAUCAGCGUGCUGGAAUAAGAUAUAUAACAGGACAAGAAAGGUUCAUAGUGCUACUGAUAGUCCUAUUUUUGGGGAUGAACUAAAUGGAUCAGACAUGUUUGGUCUCUCCAACCCGGAAGUCAUUAAACUUGUACAGCAGGGUUUAUCAAAAUCUAGACUAUCGUCCAAUGUUUCUAUAAGCAAACAUAGUUUGGGAAAGCGUCAAGAUCAUCUUACUGGUUAUCGACCUGUUCGUGUUGACUGGAAAGAUCUCGAUAAGUGCAAUGUCUGCCACAUGGAUGAGGAGUAUGAAAACAAUUUGUUCCUACAAUGUGAUAAAUGUAGAAUAAUGGUCCAUGCUGGAUGCUAUGGAGAGAUAGAACCCUGUGAUGGUGCUUUGUGGUUAUGCAACUUAUGCCGUCCUGGAGCUCCUGAUAUACAUCCACGCUGUUGUCUUUGUCCUGUAGUAGGGGGUGUUAUGAAGCCGACAACUGAUGGGCGCUGGGCUCAUCUAGCUUGUGCUAUAUGGAUACCAGAAACGUGUCUAUCUGAUGUCAAGAAGAUGGAACCGAUUGAUGGGGUGAAUAAAAUCAGUAAGGAUCGCUGGAAACUAAUGUGCACCAUCUGUGCGGUAUCUUAUGGAGCUUGUAUCCAAUGUUCAAACGAUUCUUGUCGUGUGGCAUAUCAUCCACUUUGCGCGCGAGCUUCUGGUCUAUGUGUUGAGCUUGAGAGUGAGGAUAAGCUUUUUCUUCUACCAAAGGAGGAUGAAGAAGCAGAUCAGUGUAUCCGCAUGCGCUCAUUCUGCAAGAGGCAUCGACAAACAUCAACUGCCUGCCUAGAAUCAAAAGACAUGAUCAAACCCACUACUCAUAAAAAUUUCGACUAUCUCCCACCACCUAAUCCAUCUGGCUGUGCUCGUACUGAGCCUUAUAAUUUUCUUGGAAGAAGAGGGCGGAAGGAACCUGAAGUUCUUGCGGCUGCUUCUUCAAAGCGGUUAUUUGUUGAGAAUCAGCCAUACCUUGUCGGUGGUUACUCUCGAAAUGAGGUUUCAACCUAUGAGUGCAUUCGCGGAUUAAAGGUGUCACAGAUGAAUACACCAACCAACAUCGUUUCUAUGGCUGAGAAAUAUAAAUACAUGAAGGAAACAUACAAGAAGAGAUUAACAUUUGGGAAAUCAGGAAUUCAUGGUUUCGGCAUCUUUGGAAAGCUUCCGCACAGGGCUGGAGAUAUGGUGAUUGAAUACACGGGAGAACUUGUUAGACCUUCAAUAGCUGACAAAAGAGAACGUCUUAUCUACAAUUCAAUGGUGGGUGCGGGUACUUAUAUGUUUAGAAUUGAUGAUGAGCGAGUCAUAGAUGCCACAAGGGCAGGAAGCAUUGCCCACCUGAUUAAUCACUCCUGUGUGCCAAAUUGCUACUCGAGAGUCAUCAGUGUUAAUGGAGAUGAACACAUAAUCAUCUUCGCAAAGAGGGAUAUAGCUAAAUGGGAAGAGCUGACCUAUGACUACAGGUUCUUGUCAGUCGAUGAGCGGCUUUCAUGUUCAUGUGGCUUUCCAGGGUGUCGAGGUGUUGUUAAUGAUACAGUAGCUGAAGAACAACUGUCGAAGAUCUAUGUUCCUCGCUCUGAUCUAAUCGAGUGGACCGGAUAAUAAGCUGAGUAAAGCUAUAGAAUAACUAAUAAUCAACCCCCUUUUUGAUUGUUGUAGCUCUUUAUUACUGAGAGCAAAUUGCUGCUAAGUUUGAACCACAAACCAUAUUUUUCUGUACAGAUACAAAAUUAUUGAGUAGCAAAUACACUGAUCACAGUAACAGUUUUGUACGCACA